GCGUUCUCUAUGACGCAAUGUCCGCGCCAGCUUGGCUCUAAUCGCUGCUUUGUAGCAUUGCAUGUCACAGUAAAAUUGUUUGGAAUACGCGCGCGGGUAAAGCGCGCAUAACGUUACUGCGCCCCGACCUAGAUCAGCGCGAGGAAAGAUUGGUGUCUGCGCACUGGCGAAGAGAGAAGAAAAACCACAGAGACCUCCAAAAACCGAGGCAAAUCACGUAUUUGUUCAUUUCGUGGAAUCAACGGAUGCUGCUGGACAGUGGAAACCCGAGUUAGCCUCCCGACUUUCUCCUUCAAGUAGCCUACUUCUUUGGGAUGGGCUAUUUUCAUAACGUCAUUUCAUUCCUCCCUCUUUUUCAUUUUCUCUUUCUUUGAUGCUUUCUCCCACCAUUUCCUAAAUGGAACAGAUUGCAAAACCCCACGCGUUUCCUUGCCUGCAAAGUUUGAUUUCAGACUUGUACACAGUUCGCGCGGUUUCUUUUCCUAGGCGCCCCUUGAUUUUUGGACGACAGACACUUUAACGUACUUGAAGUGGAAGUCAGAAGUGGCGGCGGUGGAAGUGUUAAUCAUGACGAGGCUUACCAUGAUUAACUGAAAAAUGAUCCACUAGCUGGUCGGUGUUUUGCCACUUUUCGAGUCACGCGCUCCUUUUGAACAUGAUGUAUUCUCCUCUCUGUCUAACUCAGAAACAAACCUCAGUACUCAAGGGGGUGAUUGAGUUACCUUCAAAUGUCUGUGCCAUUAAACUGGAUGUGUUAAUUUCUCUGGGAGUUGAUGGAUCCUCCCUGAUGGACUUUCUCAGCCUCCCCAGUUGACAGCUUUGAUUCAUGUGUCCGCCUACUCACUCUGAGUGCAGGUUAGGACACCUUCUUGUGAAAAAGGACAAUCCAGAUCCUGAUUCAUUAAGAAACCAAACAGCAAACAGCAUUCUCAGUUCUUAAGCUCAUUGUCCACACACCACAGUUUCUCCUGAGAGAGGAUGGUUAGCAAGCACCCCCACCCUCCAUUAUGAUGCUGCAUGGCUGAAGGCUGACUCAACGAUUGUGCAGAAGAGACAGAGAGGGGAAAAGAAAGAGGCAGUGUGACUCACAGAACAUCCACUUUGAUCCACUCAGCAUUCAGAACAUCAUCUUCCAUCAGCCCACUGGGCACAGAGGACUGCAGCUUAGUUCUGUGUCUUUGAUAAAGAAUGAAUCCAAUGUAUCAGGAUGAAUUCCAUCCAUUCAUUGAAGCACUGCUGCCGCAUGUGCGUGCCUUCGCCUACACCUGGUUCAACCUGCAAGCCCGCAAGCGCAAAUAUUUUAAAAAGCACGAAAAGCGAAUGACCAAGGACGAAGAGCGCGCCGUCAAAGACGAACUCCUAGGCGAGAAGCCUGAGGUCAAACAGAAGUGGGCGUCGCGCCUCCUUGCCAAGCUCCGCAAAGACAUCCGGCCAGAGUGUCGGGAGGACUUUGUGCUGUCCAUCACAGGGAAAAAGCAGCCGUGUUGUGUCCUCUCAAACCCAGACCAGAAGGGGAAGAUGAGGCGCAUAGAUUGUCUGCGGCAGGCGGAUAAAGUCUGGCGUCUGGACCUGGUGAUGGUGAUUCUGUUCAAGGGCAUCCCGCUGGAGAGCACAGAUGGGGAGCGUCUGGCCAAAGGUGGCCAGUGUUCCAAUCCCAUCCUAUGCGUUCAGCCCCAUCACAUCAGCGUGUCCGUUAAAGAGCUGGACCUCUACCUCGCCUACUUCGUGCAGGAGAGAGAGGCUGAACAGAGCAGCAGUCCUCGCACAGGCAUUGGUUCAGAUCAGGAGGACAGUCGAGCAGCCACCAUGGAUGCUCCAGAGUUUCAAGAGAGCUUUGUAACUUCGGGGGUCUUCAGUGUAACAGAGCUGGUGCAAGUAUCAAGAACACCAGUGGUGACGGGCACAGGGCCAAACUUCUCUCUUGGAGAGCUGCAGGGUCAUCUUUCUUAUGAUUUGAACCCUUCAGGUGUAGGAAUGAGAAGAACCCUACCAAGCACCUCCUCUAGUGGAAGUAAGAGACACAAGUCGGGAUCCAUGGAGGAUGAUAUAGACACCAGCCCAGGGGGCGAGUACUACACCUCUCCCAAUUCGCCCGCCAGCAGUUCACGCAACUGGCCGGAGGAUAUGGAAGGAGGAAUCUCCCCUACAGUUAAGAAGACAGAGAUGGAUAGUCCGUCUCCUCAGGAGAGCUCACCACGCCUUGGCUUCACACAGCACCACAGACCUGUCAUUGCCGUGCACAGCGGUAUCUCUCGGAAUCCACACCCCUCCACGUCUCUGCACUUCCCCGGUGGCCCCAUCCUCCCCCAGACUGCCUCCACCUACUUCCCGCACACGGCUAUCCGGUACCCCCCACACCUCAGCUCUCAAGAUCCGCUCAAGGACCUGGUUUCUCUGGCCUGUGACCCGUCCAAUCAACAGCCCAGCCCGCUGAAUGGCAGUGGUCAGGUGAAGGUAUCCAGUCACUACAUCACCUCUCAGAUGCUGGCCCCCCCGCCUCCCCCUGGCUUACCCCGACUGACGCUGCCCCCUGAGUCCAAAUCCAGCACCACCUCUACAGACGCAGCCGCCAGUUCACCCACCUCCCCCACAUACUCUGCUCCCGGGACACCACCUGCCAACCGCUCCUUCUUAGGAAUUGGCUCUCGAGACCCUGGCAGUCUUUAUCAGGCACAGUCCUGGUAUCUGGGGAACUAAAAACAAACACACAGACAAACCCAAGGAGGCACGGACAUGGAUCUGAGAUUCAAAACUUGUUUGUGGAAUUUACAAGAAAACAAAUUGUGAACGAGAUGCAAGAGGGAAAUCAGAUUUAAAUGCAGUAUUUGUAUAUAUACACACACAUAUAUCUAUACACAAUAUUUGUGUAUAGAUAUAUGUGAACACAUAUUUAUAUAUGCAUAACAACAUAUGAGAUCCAAUACACUGUUUUGAAAAGACAAUGGAAACAGAGAAGAGCAUAAAAGAGAAAGGCCAUAGAUGGAACGGAAGAAAAGAAGAGAAACGAGGAGAGAUUAAACAAGGAUGUUUUUUUUUUCUGGAGGGGGCAGCCUGAACUAUGGCGUAAAUUCACGGACAUAUAGAAGUGGCCCAUCCUGAUUCCCUGUCUCCUGGAAUGCCUCUCCUCAAUCCCCUCCUUCUGCUACAGGUGCUGCUUCUUCCUAUAUGCAAAACAAGUAUCCUUUAUUUUCUUAAUGAACAGGGAAGAGAAACCCAGAGGAAGGGGUUUUCCACUAGAAUUUUGCCACAGGUUUGGAGGUGAGCACGGCCUGUUUUUAUUUUCUUUUUUAAGUGUGCAGAAGUGAGGGGCAACGGGAAGUGGAAAAGGAAACAAAAAGGUUUCGAUGCUUCCGUUCACAUUUUGUCAAGGAAAGCAAAAAGGCUACUUUUCAUCCAAUUUUAUUGACAAUCAUGUAUCUGCAUCCUUGGUUUUGUUCAGAGUGUGAUAUUUUCUAAAUCGCAUUGUCCACCAUUUAUAAUGGAGUCCGCUUUUUGGUGGAAGCCUGUCAUGUUUUUGUACAUCGGAGGAUGAUUAGUGGUACCUCUGUGACAUUAUACAUCACAGUCUGAGUGUAGACACACAUACACACACACACACACUUGCGUACAAACACACCUAUAUAAAGGCUUCAGAGCAAUGGCAUGUACUGUUUAAGGCUACACUAGGUGUGUGUGAGCUGUAAUACAGCCUUCAAAAGAUGAACCAGGGAAUACCGGGGUGAAUUAGCACCUUCUUCACAUCGCAAUAUGAAAGCCCCGUAUUUCCUGGACUCUGCUGUGGGGAAAGUGUGUGUUUGUGUUUGUGCAUGUGCAUGUGCACAAAAUUCAGACACAUUGGUAGUCCCAUAUUCAUCUCUGUGACUUCACAGAAUAGGGUUUUUGAUUCAUGUAGAUAAGUGGAUGUUUUUCCACAUAGUGACAAAGGGAGUUGAAAUAUAGUUCUGUCACUACUAAGACAGUAUUGGGUGUAGAGGAUAGAUUUUUUUUUCUCCAUGUGUAACUUGUUUAAAUGCAUUGGAAAUUACAGGCAUUGCACUACUUUUAAAUACUUUGAUUUUUCCUCUUUUGCAAAUUCCUUUUUGGCCUAUUCAAAUGGAAUGCUACAAGUCGAAGAUAGAUUUUUUUUUUUUUUUUUUUUUUUUGGUCAUGUUCUGUUCACAGGGUAGAUGAGGGUUGAUUUCCUAGUAGCUAAGUAGCUGAUCAGAACAAUCCAAAAAGUUUAUGUAAAGUCAUUUACACAAAUGUCUCCAUGUUUAUGUGAUUAUUUUAUUAUGAUUCCCAUAGUUUGGGCGCUCUAUACAUGCAGUGUAAUUUAAGAAAUAACUAAACAAAACAGGCUAUCCUUUGUCCCAUGUUUCUAUUCCAGAAAAUUGACUGUUUUUAUUUUUAAUCAAAUUAUACAUGUUAAUCCGUAGGAAUGUCAAUAAUUUGGAUGUUUGAUGCACACCAGUGAGACUAAGGUACAAUGCCCUACAGUGACUGUAAAAAUGCAAGCCAGUGCGUGGCUGUGCUGCCCAGUUCAUUGGGAGGUGGCGCUGAGUCUCCAAUGGCUGAAUGGUGACUGGUUGCCUCAGAAAUGGGUUUUGUUGCAAUCCGAGAUGUGUUGAUUUGUAUAACGAAAUAACAUCAGGGCUUACUCUACAACGCUAUCGAACCCAAAUCACUUAGCCAUGAAAAGUGCCUAAGACAUUACAAGGUUUCCAUUUGAAUUCUUAUUUUAUGAAAAUGUUUUGUGCUUUUUUUUAAGACUUGGAAAUUUCCUUCAUCUACUGCGGGUUGUUGUAGACGUAGACGGGUUGUUUUUUACGCCCAGCGAGAUAUUUGAACGGCCUAGCAAGCCCCCAAGCCCUGAUCAGCUGCACUCAGCAUGGGCUUACACUUAGGCAACACAGACGCUAUGGAAAACGAAAUACACACCCUUUCCCCCUUGUAAUCUGACAGAACCUAACAAAAUCUGCACAUAUCAAAGCUUCAGCAGGUACCCCCUCAAUACAUACACUGAUAAGGAAUAAUAUCCACACACUCUGGUUGCUUUAGCUAACCUUUUAUAUGGCUUUGCAUAAAAAUUCGGUUGAGUUUGACUAUAGUGAGACCCAGAAUACAUACAACAUGACUUGUUUUAAUGGUGCUGAUAUGAAAAUUAUAAUGAAAAUUAUAUAUGAAUUAUAUAUAACUGCAUGGUGCUUUCUAAAAAAGAAAUCUACCACCGUAUCGCUGACAUGGGCGCAUGCCAGAUAAUCUUAGUAUUAACUCUGAAGCUAAAUGCUCCACCUCUUCUUACGACCCUUCUCGAGCAAAGAGCCAAUGACACAGAUGGAUAUUACCUUUGUACCACAUUGGUUUUUAAUUUUAUCCAACAAUCCCUCUUCUAUUUUGCACGAUAUUUUAUGAAACAUAUUAUGUGCCUUGCCUUUAGUUAAGAACAAUAAUACAUAAUUUUAAAGGUAAUUAUUUUGUCUUUUUUGAUAUAAUCAGUUUCACAAAGGAAAAAAAAAAUGCUGCAUGUUCGAUUGCCUGUCAUAUUCAGAUUAAGACUAACAAUUUACCUACAAAAUGAUUUUACCUUCUUCCUCAUUUUAAAGCACCGUAGGUAAAUUUUCAUGGCUUGAAAUCCUCCCUGCAUUUUAACAUUUUGUUACCAUUUGAUUUUACUCAAUUCAUUAGUGUAAUAAGAAAGUAACAAAAUCUAUGAAAUAUGCUGUACCAGGUCUCUCCAUAUCAGCUUUGAGCUGAUGUUUUGAUUCCCUGUUAAUUUUUAGGCUUAUAAUGAUUGUUAUCUUAGAAUGUAUGUUAUCUUGUGUCUCAAUGUCACAACAGAGUUGUGUGUAUAGAAGUGGAGUGGCCAGAUUAUUUUUCAUUAGAGUAAA